AUGUCUCAAGACCAGAAUCCGCGCAUUGCCAACGCCAUCGACAGCCUAAUCACCCACAUCAUCCCCAACGAUCCCAAGGACAGCAACGAGGUCGCGCAGCAGAGGCACGAUGACCGCUUCGAGCUCGUGCAGAACCUCCUUUUCAGCUCAGACAGCCCCGCCAUCGCGGCCGACGUGAACCAUGCCUAUGAUCUUAUUAAGAAGAAGCUCCUGCAGCGGAGUCCGCCCAAGGCCUUGAGGUUUACCAACCUCUACACCCUGCUGAUUGCCUUGCCCGUUCUUAACCAGAAGUGGGCAAUCCUAUAUCUUCUCUACCAGCUGGCCGACUCGCCCGACCCCAACGAGCCAUUGCCUCUCAGUCCUCUGCGCCAGCCCUUCCAGCAGCGCGGGCUCCCCCAGGCCGCAGAGCAGGCGCGCUCGUCCAAAGUGCCGACUCCCGUCUCAAGACACGAGGAUGAGGCGUACAACGACGCCUUCAGUCCUGAAGGGCUGAAGAAGUUCCCACCAGAAAGGACUACCCGUGGUGCCCAAGAAGCCGCAUCAGACGAAGCAGACGAGAGCCCCAGACGAGAUGUCUCGCUCAAGUCCACACUACUAGCAAACAACUAUUCAGAUUACAAUCCAUCAGAAACCAGCCUGUUGAGAGAUCUCCCUUUCACCCUCCAGGGCCUCAACUCGACCACCAUGGUCUUCUACAAGGACAAGGCCAUCAAGCUGCCUCCCACCCUUCCCGCACCCAUCAUCUCAUUACUGCACGCCCUCGCAGAACCCUCGUUACUCCAUCGCGGGCUCACAAGCUUCGUCAACUCGCCCGCCAAGGGGCUGCUCGGCCAGAGCCUGCGCGCGGCCAUCAACGGGGAGCUGCGCUCCUACCUCAGCCUGGUCGCGACCCUCGAGGCCCAGAUCCGCCGCGCCCUGUCCGCCCUCGACGAGUCGGCCCCUAGGAGCGGCAUCGGCAAGGCCGGCGUGACGCUCAAGCGCUGCGUCGUCUGGACGCGCGAGGCCACCAUGGGCCUGCGGCUCAUGUCGGUCAUCGCCGAGGAGUCCAAGAGCCGGCGCGGGGGCCAGCUCAUCACCCUGAUCCACAACUUCUCCUCGAGCCACGGCGACCCCACCGUCGCCGCCUUCGCCGAGCGCCUGCUGGCGCACGUCACGCGGCCCUUCUACGACAUCCUGCGGCACUGGAUCUACGACGGCGAGCUCUCGGACCCCUACCUCGAGUUCUUCGUCAAGCAGCAGAACCCGGCCGACGAGCGGCGCAAGGAGGCCAAGGCCAAGGGCUUCAGCUCCGUCUGGACCGACAAGUACGAGGUCGACGACGGCAUGAUCCCGUCCAUCGUCAGCGCCGACUUUGCCCAAAAGGUCUUCCUCAUCGGCAAGUCGCUCAACUUCAUCCGCCACAGCUGCGGCGACUCGCAGUGGGUCGAGGACUACUCCAAGGCCGCGUCCAAGGAGCUGCGCUACGGCGACACGGCCACCCUCGAGGCCUGGAUCGACGAGGCCUACAAGACGACCAUGCGGCGCCUCAUGCACCUCAUGACGGACAAGUUCCACCUGUUUGAGCACCUCGCCGCCCUCAAGAAGUACAUCCUCCUCGGCCAGGGCGACUUCAUCGCCCUGCUCAUGGAGUCGCUCGCCGCCAACCUCGACCGCCCCGCCGGCGCGCAGUACCGCCACACCCUGACGGCCCAGCUCGAGCACGCCAUCCGCGGCUCCAACGCGCAGUACGACCCGCCCGAGGUGCUGCGGCGCCUCGACGCCCGCAUGCUGCAGCUCUCGCACGGCGACAUCGGCUGGGACUGCUUCACGCUCGAGUACAAGAUCGACGCGCCCGUCGACUGCGUCGUGACCGAGUGGGGCAACCGCCAGUACCUCAAGGUCUUCAACUUCCUCUGGCGCAUCAAGCGCGUCGAGUUCGCCCUCGCCUCGACCUGGCGCCGCUGCAUGACGGGCUCGCGCGGCGUGCUGCACACGGCCGACCGCGCCGUCCUGCGCACCUGGAAGGCCACGCGGGGGACCCUCGCCGAGAUGGUCCACUUCGUCGGCCAGCUGCAGUACUACAUCCUCUUCGAGGUCAUCGAGUCGUCGUGGGACGCGCUGCAGCGCGCCGUCGCGCGCGAGGACUGCACCCUCGACGACCUCGUCAGCGCGCACACGCAGUACCUGCGCUCCAUCACGCACAAGGGCCUGCUCGGCGCCCAGCGCCGCCAGCACCGCGAGGCCCAGGCGGCCCGCGGCGGCGGCGGCAGUGGCGCCGCCGCCGCCGCCCCCCCCGCGGAGGACCACCACAGCUACAUGCUCCAGCUCAGCGAGCUGCUGCGCACCAUGCUCGCCUACCGCGACUGCGUCGACGGGCUCUACAGCUGGGCCGUCUCGGACUUUACGCGCCGCCAGGAGUCCGACAUCAUCUACACGCAGCAGCACCGGCAGGGCCAGCCGCCCAACAACAACAACAAGCGACACACCAACAACCCGUUCGCAAGCACCAGCAAGCCGUCCACGCCCACCCCCGGCGGCGACGACCCCUUCUUUAGCACCGGUAGCAGCACCACCCCGUCCGUCGAGUCGGAGCUGCCCGCGCUGCAGGACCGCCUGCGCGCCCUGGGCCAGGCCUUCAAGGCCCGCCUGACGCACCUCCUCGGCGACCUGGGCUACCAGCAGGACGCCGACCUGCGCUUCCUCGGCGUCAGCAUGAACUUCAACGAGUUCUACCAGCUCAAGAAGAAGUCGUCGUCGUCGUCGCCCCCCUCGGGGGCCGGAGGAGGAGGAGCGGGAGCGGGAGCAGCUUCGUCGUCCACCACGGCCACCUCGUCGGCGGCGGCUGGGUCGGCGGCCAGGAAAGCAGGCGGGGCUGCUGCUGCUGCCGCUUCUUCUGUGGCUGGCGGUCGUGAGAGCACGGCGAGCAAGAGGAAGGCUCCUGCUGCUGCUGUGGAGUGA